GUGCCGUGCAGAGGUGCUGCUGCAACCAUACUGGAACAGGGGUCAGCAAGUGUCAUUGGUGUCAGUGGGAGGAAUAGUGCCCCAUCAUUGGUGUCACUGUGGUGUCAGUGGGAAGAAUCGUGCCCCAUCAUUGGUGUCAGUGGGAGGAAUAGUGUCCCAUCAUUGGUGUCAGUGGGAGGAAUAGUGCCCCAUCAUUGGUGUCAGAGCGAGGAAUCGUGCCCCAUCAUUGGUGUUAGUGGGAGGAAUAGCACCCCAUCA